UGCCUCCAUAGCAAGCCUCGCCGAUGCCUCUCCCUUGUGAGCCCCUCUGCCACUUCGGUGGGAGGUUGUACUUCACAUCCUUCCCGCACCCACCGCCCCGCCCAGAUGCACUUAACGAGCUUGCAAGAGACCCCACAAAUCAUCCCGAUAUCCGUGGAGUACCUAGAGGAUCAUCGUCGACGACGCCAGAAGAUGACGCGCAGUAUUGGUACUUCACCAUCGACGACCAACUCCUGUAUCUAUCUUUCUUCCAGGAUUGGGGACCGUUGAACCUGGCGAUGGUCUACAAGGCAUGCAUCCUGAUUCAUGAGAUACUCGGGGAUCCGGCGAUCAUGAAUCAUCGCAUCGUCCUCUACUCGUCAAGCGAUCCUCGUAGGAAGGCGAACGCGGCCCUACUCAUGGCUCUCUAUGUGAUGGUGGUUCAGCAACGGCCGCCUUGGGAAGCCUUCCACCCUAUCGCGGAGCUCGAGUUCAUGCCGUUCAGAGACGCCGGAAGGGGACGCUCAGAUUUCAAUCUCAGCAUACAAGAUUGUCUCUGGGGUAUCUACAAGGCAAUGCAGAAUGGCCUCUGUGACAUGAAUGAGUUCGACAUCGAGGACUACGAGUACUACGAGAAAGUGGAGAAUGGGGACUGGAACUGGCUUACGCCCAACUUCAUCGCGUUUGCGUCCCCUGUCGAUCCGGCAUGGCUAAAGCGAGAGAAAGACAAGCGCGAGCAGGAGAACCAGGCCGUGGUGCCGCCAUCUCCCACGAAGGCAGUGGCGUUGCAACGCAAGCUGCCCACGCCGUUCCAGAACUGCUUGGACUACUUCGAACGACAAGGGGUCAAGCUAGUCGUGCGACUUAAUAACCCAUUGUACGACGCCCAGGUCUUCAAAGAUCGUGGGAUCAACCAUCAGGAGCUAUACUUUGACGACGGCACGAACCCCACCGAUGAGAUCGUACGGAAAUUUAUCGACAUGGCAGACGAGGUUAUCGAGAACGGCGGUGUUGUGGCGGUACACUGCAAAGCUGGCCUAGGGCGGACAGGUACGCUCAUUGGAGCGUAUCUCAUCUGGAAGUACGGUUUCACGGCGUCGGAGGCGAUCGCUUUCAUGCGCAUCGUGCGUCCGGGGAGCGUAGUCGGGCCGCAGCAGCAGUAUAUGUACCUCAAGCAACUAGAGUGGACCAAGUGGGCCGCGGUCGACGAGAUGCGCAAGCUACAACAGACGGCUGUCUUUGCGGCGAACAAACUCGUGGCACCCGUCACGCCGCCGAACGAGACGGAGGACGAGAUGGAAGUUUUCACAGAGACCACGACGACGACAGUUGUGAUGACUUCGACGACCUCCGCAGCACCCGUCCCGCCGGUCACGCCCAGCAAACACGUUGCAGCCGCUGCCGCCAAGGCGCACGCCAUUGCUCCCCCCGGACAGCCUCGGAAGACCCCGGCCACAAAGCGAGUAGCGUCGGACUCGGACGCAGAGGAGGAAGCCGACGUCCUCCCCGCCCUCGGCGUGGCACCCGGCCCCGUGCGGAGAACAAAGGCGAAGCCGGUGUCGGCGCGGACCGCGUCGCAGCGCGUCCCCGCUUCGGAGCAGCGACCGGUCCGUGUCACUCGCUCGGCGGCGACCAUGGCGGCGAAGAAGGUCAGCACUGUGCUCGGGGCGAACAAGACGACGAAGGCCAACGGACAGCCGAACAAGAUCCCCAGACUCGCGAAGGACACCUCUGCGCGUGGGGCGGCGACCGCGGCGAAGGACGCCGCUCUGCCGUCGGCCCCUGCGGCGAACAUGACGAUGCGGCCGUUGAGGCCAAGACAGCCUGGUUCGCCGACUCCAUCACGGCUCCCCACCCUCGUUGGCAAGCGCAUGCAUCACAACUCUACGGGCUCUGUACAGGAGUCGCCGGCGGCAGCUGCGGCAAUCGUCAAGGCGGCGGGCACCUGGGUCGCAAACAACACUUCGUCGGUCGUCAACCCCGCGUCGAAAUCGGAACGACCGAACUUGCGCAGCGUGCGGCGGCGACGAAGCAGCUUCAGCGCCGCGGACGUUGUUGCAUGAUUUGGCAGAGCAAGACGCGUCAAGCAGGGCUUGGACGCUCUCCGUGUUACAUUCGGCAUAUCGGUCUACAUCUCUCACCCAUCUCGUAACGUCAACUGGAUAUCGAUUCUGUUCUGCAAGUCACGCAACGUUCACAAUCCUUCUAUCUGUGAAUAUUUAUCGCUGUCUUUGUAUACACUCGCUUCACUAUUUCGUUAUCAUCUUAUCCCCGUCGUUCUUUGCACACCGCUGUUACUCUCCCGUCACCCCCGCCUCGAUCCGUUCACCGCACUGACUCACUGCACGUCACAUCGUCGCUAUCAUGUUUUCACGGGAAGAUUUACUCUGAUUUACGAGGACUUGUCUAUAGUUGUGGGGGCAUCUACGGUUCAUCGCACUUUGUACAUCACUGUCGCGCACCGAUCAG